AUGUCAGCACAGGCGUCCCUGUGGACCCCCCCAGAGUCGAGUCAGGUCUCCGUUGGGUCGAGUCAGGUCCCAGUGGACGCUCCUGAGUCGAGUCAGGGUCAAGUCACGGUUGGUCUUUAUGAGCCCAGUCAAAUCACUACCAAUCUACCAGAGCCUGGUCACAUCUCAGCUGAACUUCCAGAGCCUCAUCACAUCCUUUCUGUUGUACCCAGCAAUGCUCUCUCAGCCUGUUUUAUUGCUGUCAAGGAGACUGUUACGGCUGUGGAACCUCCAGAGGUGGUGGCAACUGCUGCAGAACCUUCGGAUGCCAUCUACCCUCUCGUCUCGGCUAUGGAGGCCACCUAUGAAAUCACCGCCUGCCCUGUCAUGGCCACGGAGUCUUACAUGACCAGACUUCCACUCCUGUGCCAUCGACUCCACUGUGGUGGUCCUCUGCUCCGCCCUUGGGCUCCCGUUCUGUCUGCGCUGCCCCGGAGAGCUCCAGUUCCACCUGCUCCACCCUGGAUUCCUGCUCUGUCUGCACUGCCCUGGGCCCCUGAACUUUCCGAUCUGCCCUGGUCUCUUUCGGCAGCAGUGUGUUUUGAUCGUCACGUGCUGAUCGCGUUGGUUAUCAAGCGUCUCUACGUCACGCGUGCUGACGUUAUCUGGCUGUGUGGACAGACAGCAGUGAUGGUGAGCGUCGUGCAGGGCUGGAUGUCACGGCUGCUGUCUCCGCUGUGGCGCCGGGCGCAGGAGCUCGAUGAGCGGCGAGAGGAUCCACGCUUCGACGGUGAGGCUCAGAUCCGGCAGGUGCAGACAGGUGUGGUGACUCAUCUGUGUGUGGAUUACGGCCUGAUCGAUCACAGCGUGUAUUUCACAUCAGGAGAGGUGCUAGGAGGAGUCGUGCUGUGUGUGGGAGACUCGGUGCAGGCGCUGGCCGUGCGGGACGGAGCCCACGGACACUGGAUUGCACUCAGGGUGGAGCGGCACAAGGACGCCUGGGACAGCGCAGGGUCAGAGACGCUCACGCUGGAGUCUGACAAACUCCGGCCUCUGAUUGGAACAGUGACGUCAUGUGAUCGAGAUGGAGGAUACAUCAACCAGACGACGUAUUUCCCUCGAUCGGCUCUCUGUGAAGCCAUCAAGGCUAUUCCUACCAUCUCUGUGAUCUCCGCUGCAGUCCUGCUGGCUCUGUCACAGUCUCCAGGCCCUUCUCCAUCCACAGACCUGGCCCACCAUCCCUCCCCUGUUCCAUCACCUCUCCUCUUCCUUCAUGUUUCCCCACUCGGGGUACUUUUUUUUGUUUUUGGUACAUCUUUGAGUCCUCUCCUCAUCUCUCCACCCGGUCUGUAA